AUGGACGCCCAAGCCUACCUAAUCAAGCACGGCUGGUCCGGCCCCGGCAAUCCACUCAACCCAAACCAAAGACCAGGCCUACACGGCGGUCUCGGUCUCACACGACCAAUUCUUGUCGCGCGCAAAUCCAACAACCACGGUGUAGGCAAGAAGACCACAAAAGACGCCUCGAACCAAUGGUGGCUCCGUGGCUUUGAAGACGCGCUCAAGGGCGUUGGCGAAGAUAACCACGAAGCCAAAUCUGCACGCGAAGGCAAUGCCCUCACCAGUGAACUUUACCGCCAUUUCGUGAGGGGGUCUGGGCUGGCGGGGACGCUCGAUCCUAAGAAGGCGGAUAAAACAGAAGAUACACCAGAGGUUUCGCCAGAGGAGCUGGCGAGGCUAAAGCCUGCGCGACGCGCGCAGAAGGCUGUGAAGAAAGAACAGAAGGCUGUGCGGAAGGAGGCGAGAAGGGUGAAGCGGGUUGCGAAGGUUGAGAGGAGGGAAAAGAAGCUUGCUGAGAGGGCUGCGAAGAAGGCGAAGAAGUUGGAAGCGGAGAAGGAGAAGGAGAAGGAGGGAGAAGAUUAUCCUACGCCCAUGUCAAUUGACCAGGAGCCUGAAUCAAAGGUCGAUUUGGAUGAAGCUGCUUCUCGAUUGAAAGAGAAGAAGGAAAAGAAAGUGAAGAAGAGCACAGAAGGCGAAGACUCCAAGAAGAAGUCUAAAAAGGCCAAAGCCUGA